UAUGUUUCAGACAGAGCAGGAGAGGAGAGGCUGGCUUGUGAUAGCGACAGAUGUCUAAAAACUGUGAGGGGCGCUCCUCAUUCACAGCACAGAGCCACUGUCCAACCCAGUGAGCCGGGAAGGAAUCUGCAGCUGUCACUCCAAAAGCUUCACCUCCAUUACUGUCACAGGCAGAUCGGAGAAGAAAGGAUCUCCAACAAAUACAGGAAACACCAUGGGAGGCAAACUGAGCAAAAGAAGGAAAGGAUAUGAUGUAAGCGAUCCCAAGGACAAGAAAGAUGAAGUCCAAGCAACAACUGCCAUUUCAGAGGAGCCCAUUCAAGCUAGUGCAGAGAGCUCUACCCCUCCUACAGUAGGUGAAACAGAUAAUGUGAUUUCAGCAACAGCUGUGGAAUCAGAUACAGCAGCUGUAACUGAAGCUGGUGCUCCAGAACAGCCAAAACCUGCAUCUCCAGAAGAACCAGCUCCUGUAGGCCCAGACAAAACUGCUCCAUCAGCUUCAGAGGAACCAGCUUCUGGAGGUGCAAAAGAAGCAGCAUCCGUUCCUCAAGAAAUACAGGAAAGUUCACAAGGAACUGUGCCAAAACCAGGAGAAGCUCCUCCUGAAGAAGUAGCUUCAAAGGCUGUUUCAGAGAAGCCUGUUUUAGCCCCAGAGUCCAAUAUUGAAAAAACAGCACCAAAGGACACAGUACAGGAGGAGCCUGUAGUGGCAGCAGCAGUAGAACAGAUAUGCUCAUUACCUGUGGCUCCAACAGAGGCACCAGCUACUCCAGAAUCAGAAGAACCUGUGCCUAGUGAGGUUGAACCUGAGCCAGUGGUUGCACCUGAAAGCCUCUCUGUAGUGGAGACUGUUACAGUGCUAGAACCUCAGCCAGAACAAGAACCAGGUCUCAGUCCAGCAGUUCCACAAGAUGUUCCUGUUGUCGUAGGGGAGAUCGCUGACACUGGGACCAAAGUCCAAGAGCCAGAGCCAAUACCGCAGACUGUUUCUGGGACAGAAACCACUGUGAUGGUGACAGAGACUGUGGUGCCACUUGCUGUCACUGAAACAAAGCCAGUGACUGAGCUAGCUGUAGAACUAGUACAAGUUCAAGAUUCAGAAAAAGAGCAAGCACAAGAAGAAGACCUUUCCCAGGAACCAGAUCAAGCAUUACAUGAAGUGGAGCCUGAGCAACCACCAGAGCCAGAACAAUCAUCAGAGCCAGAACCCAAACAAUCACCAAAUAUGGAGCCAGAGAAAGGACCACAGCAGGAACCAGAACAACCACCAGAUGCAGAGUCAGAGCAACCAUCAGAGCCAGAAACUGUAAAAGCAAAAGAUGCAUUUGAAAUCACUGAGACAGACUCAGUGGUAGCUGAAUCUCAUUUUACAGAACUUGAGACAGUCAAACCAGAAGCAGUAGCUCCAGAGAUUCCAGAGGAUUUACCAGAGAUACCAGAGAAGGUCUCCACUGACAUUCAGCCUGCAGAAGAAGAAACAGACUCCUCUAGUGUCAAGGCAGCUGAACAGGAAGCAACUAUGACUGCUCACGAGAUCAUCACCCUGGCAUCUGUCUCGCCUAGUGACAUUCCUGCAGUGCCCAAGUGGGAAAGCAAAAUGGAAAAUGGAGAAUUACAGAGUCCUUCUCUUACAGAAAAUGUGGAAGAAGCAAACGUACAGCCGGCUGUAAAUGGAGAGUGCGUAUCUCCUGUGUGUGCUACCCCACAAACAGAGGAGUGCGUUAAUGGAGCCAAAACCCCAGAGGAGGAUCCUGUCAGUGAGCAAUGCCAUUUUGAACUGAAAAAGGACAUGAACCUCCAAGAAGUCCCAGAGUCCGUCUCUGAGAUGGUGGAAGGUCUCAGCACUGCAGUCACCCCAGCGGUCUGAAAGGAACCGGCUCACAAAAAUGAAUGUGAAAAAAGUUUAAUCCUCCAAUGGUGCAAGAAAGCCAUCAACAUACCACAAACACAGCUAGAUAGUGCAGCACAUAA